AUGCCAAGUUCUACAUCAUCAAAUAUUACUACAGCUAAACGAAUACGUCGAUCAAAUAAACAACAUCGUCGUCGACAUGAAUUAUCACAUGUGAUACGCUAUCCAACAUUUACUAAUGUGUUUUAUUAUGCAAAAUAUUUCUUUUUUAAAACAGCACUUGGUCGUCUCAUGUUAAUAUUUACAUUGAUUGCAGGAUUUAAUCUCUAUUUUUUCUCUGAAGUUUAUUGGCCAAAAAUUUUAACAUGGUUACAAAAUUCUACAUCAAAAUCAAUUGAUACAUCUUUCGAAUCGUCUACUGAAAAUGAUUUCUAA